CAGUUCCCGAAGCUCUUUGCGGCGGGCGGAUGUGUCAGUGUGGACAUGGCUGCCCGCAUAGCAUGGCUGGUGCGGAGGAUUCGCCCGCAGAGGGUCAGCGGUCACCGCAGCUUGUGUGCCGGAGCUCCCAGCUCUUCCGCCAGGCCUGCCAGCUUCACAGACCCCGAUGUGCAGAGCAUCCUGAAGAAGAUGAUCGGCCUUAACCUGGAGAAAGUAUUCCAGCCCAUCAAACAGGAAUCCAAGCCCCCCACAUACAAGCUAAUGACGCAGCAGCAGUACGAAGAGGCCCUCCAGAAAGCAGUCAUUGCUGCUCAGCAGUACCUGGAGAUGCCGCCUAUGCCUGACGAGCGGGAGCCGAUAGAUGAAACCCUGGCUGUGGACGAGAUCCUUGAUGGCACAGAUACCGCAAAAUUUGUGUUCACAGACAUCACCUAUAGCACCCCACACCGGGAAAGGUUUAUUGUUGUAAGAGAGCCAAAUGGUGUCUUGAGGAAAGCCACAUGGGAGGAGAGAGAGCGAAUGAUCCAGGUAUAUUUCCCUCGUCAAGGUCGCAAAAUGGUUCCACCACCAGUCUUUAGAGAGGAGAACAUGAAGCUUUUGUUUCAGCAAGACCGACACGAGGAGCUUCUGAACCGCUGCCUUGUCCAGUUUGAACCCGAUAGCGCAGACUACAUCAGGAUCAGAAACCAAACUUUUGAGGACAUUGACAGACAGAAGUAUGACUUAUUGCGAUCUACUCGACACUUCGGUGGUAUGGUGUGGCACCUGUGUUCUCAGAAGAAGAUUGAUGGGCUGCUUGUAGAUAUGCUUCAGAGAGACUUAUUACAUAAUGCAGUUAGUUUGGUGCGACUAUAUCACGUGGCACAUCCAGACACGGCGUGUGCCAAGGAGUCCCAGGGAGCUGAUGGCAGAGAACUUAUUAAGCUGUAUGUAAAGAUGGAGUCAAAACCAGGAUAUCUAGAACUAACUCUCCAAGUCUAUCCAGAGUCAACCGCUGCAUCUUCCUGAGGACACCACACUCUUGACCCUAGAAGUGUAUAUUAUAUUACUUGUGUCGUUCUUUUCUACAUAAAUUACAAUUACAAUGAUGGAAAGAUGUCUUUAAGAAAUCUGUUACCCAUUUAUAUACUGGCUAUGAGGCUGCGUUCACAUGUUGCAAAUUUUAGGACAGGCUGUAGAAAUUAAAAUCGUACAUUGUAUAGACAGAAAAGGAAAACUGCAAAGCGGUCCAUGUAGAUAACAGCAACCCGGGCACAAAUAAGAUUCAGAAUGAAUGAAUGAGCACAAGUUCAGUAGAAGUCUGGGUAUUGAUUUCUAUAAAACUAGAACAAUGAGGGAUCAGUAAAUAUAAUUACAUGUUCAGUAAGGGCUUGUUCACAUGAGGUCUACAUUGGGAAUAGAUCACAGCAGGAGUAGAAAGGAUAACAAAAAAACUGCUUUAGGAUUUACAGAAGGAAAUACGGAGCUCAUUUAUGCCUCCGUAUGAAAAAGCCCGUAAAAGGGUUUUCUGGGACCAACAUAUUAUUAACCUAGCAAUGGGAUAG